AUACGGACCCAAAGAAAAAACACCCAUUUAGCGAAAAAGAAAAAGAAAAGAAAAACAUCCCACGAAAAUACAAGCAAACCCCUGGAAAAUACAAGCAAACCCACUGUAUCGGCGUAACCUGUUUGGGACACUUUAUUAAUGAUGGAUUCAAGUGAAGAAACCAAAGAGAUGGAUGCUAGCCCGUCGCCAAAGAACAUAUACAAAGAUCCAGAUGAUGGGCGUCAACGCUUCUUGCUGGAGUUGGAAUUUGUGCAAUGUCUUGCUAAUCCCACUUAUAUUCACUAUUUGGCUCAAAACAGAUAUUUUGAAGAUGAAGCUUUUAUAGGCUACUUGAAAUACCUUCAGUAUUGGCAACGACCAGAGUAUAUCAAGUUUAUAAUGUAUCCACAUAGCCUCUUUUUUCUCGAGCAACUCCAGAAUGAAAGUUUCCGGAAUGCAAUGGCACAUCCUGCCAACAAGGAGUUGGCACACAGGCAGCAAUUUUACUUUUGGAAAAACUACAGGAACAACCGGCUGAAGCAUAUUUUGCCAAGACCCCUUCCAGAGUCGGUUGCUACGCCACAAGCUGCUGCUCCACCUCCAGCACCUGCUACAUCAAGAGCUAGUACUAUUGCUUCCUCUACUCCAAUUCCUACUUCAGCUGCAGGAUCAAUUCCUUCUCCUAUGCCAUAUGCAAUUCCCUCUGGAUCUUCACUUGCAAAGAAUGAUCCCAGGAACAGUGGUGUGGAUCGAAGAAAGAAAAAGUAAACCUUCUUUUCGCAGUUGACAGUGUUCCUUGAGUGAUGUUUGAUGUAAAAUUAGGAUAUCUGAAGGACAAAACACAGGGUUUAGGGUCAUUGUCGCUUUUGUAAACGAGCCAUUUUCGGAUGGGACUAAGGAAUGAUGAAGUCUAAUAAAUUGAAUAUUUGAGUUUAAAAGGAAUAAAAUUCCUUUAAACAGGUCAUAUUCAUGCCAUUUUUGGCUUUUGCCUAAUGUAAAUCAUGUCAUGUAACUGGUCAGGUUUGAGUCUGGUCUGAUUUUUC